UAUAGUCUCUAGUCUACUCAUCCUUCCUCAAAAUCAAGUCAUGGAUGCUCAUACUUCUUUCCAAAACAAGGUGGAAUCAGUCGGAGAAGAAGUGGAAAGUUUGAAAAAAGAGAACGAAGCAUUGAGAUUCAUGCUAAAACUAACAAGCAGCAAAUGCAAAAUGCUUGAAGCUUGUCUCAGAGAAAGAAACUUAAUAGAAACACAUGAUGAUCAUACGGGUACCGCAAGCAAAAGAGCCAGGAGUAGUACUGAUAAUCAGUUUUCCGUAGUCAAUAAGACGUCGCAGUUUUUUGUGAAAACUGACUCUAAAGACAAUAACCUAAGCGUGAAAGAUGGAUGUCAAUGGAGGAAAUAUGGACAGAAGGUUACCAAAGAUAAUCCUUUUCCUCGAGCUUACUUUAGGUGUUCAAUGGCUCCUGGAUGCCCGGUCAAGAAGAAGGUUCAAAGAAGCAUGGAGGAUAAAUCAAUCCUUGUGGCAACUUACGAAGGACAACACAACCACGAUGCUCGUUGUUCAAGUGCACAAUAUUUCUCUUCUUCACCAGAUCAUGAUCAUCAAAAGGUAGACAAGGAAGGUCCAACGGCUAACUUUCCACGAAAUGAUCGUCAUCAUGGUCAUCAGACCUGCAGAUCAACGGCCAGUACUAGUCCAUCGUCACCUCCUAAUCCUACCCUUUAUCUCUCUCUUUCGGCCGGAUCCAUUGAUAAUCAAGAGAUGAUCAUUAACAGAGAAGUCGAAGACCGCCGAUGCAAUAAUAAUAUUAAUGAUCUCAACAAACCCAACAAGGAAAUUGAAGAAUAUGUUGCUUCUUUAACUAAAGAUCGCAGUUUCACUGUUGCCUUAGCCAAGGCUGUUGCACGUUCCAUUGGUAACGCAGAUCGUCGUACGGGAUCACCCUAAUUAUACCUAAACAUUAGCUAGCUAGCAACAUCCACUUCAACAUUAGUGGUUAUCUCAUGUUUAAUUAGUACUGCUAUAAAUGCUUGCAGAUUCCUCGUAUGUAAAUUAAGGAACAAGAAUAUGUGUGUGUGUGUGUGUGUGUGUGUGUGUGUUAAUUAGGCUAUGUUGUUCAAACAGUUAGUUCCAUGUUUCUUCUUGUAUUCUGAACUGAAAUAUAUAUGUAUGGAGCUCCAGACAUGUCGUAGCGUUAGAUUUGGCGAAAGGAUAGAAAUAAUGAUACUUUUGGUAAUGAUCCUUAGCCUCAAGUUGUUCGUUUAGAACAAAUGUUUUGUUUUUGGGUUGUCUCUACUCUUCUAGUGGAGCAUACUUAAACUUGAAGGUGGGUUUUGAAAAAGUGCAUAUGCAUGAGCCCAUCCUUUGGGGUGCGCCAAUGAAUUCGUCAGGAACGACUCCUCGAAGUAAAGGCCUAAACAAGUAGUGUUUGGAAUCGAGCUCCCUAAUCUCAUCUUAGAUUGUGUUUAAAAGGCUUAAUUGGGUCUCUUCAUUACACCCUAUAUAUUCUAUCAAUUAUAACU